AUGAGAGGCAAGCUUUGUUUGACUAAGAAGCAAUAUCUGAAUAAGGUACUACAGCGUUUCGGCAUAAAAGAUGAGUCGAUGCCAGUAAGUACACCACUUGCCCCUCAUUUGAAGUUAAGUGCCCAGUUAUCGCCAAAUUGUGAUGAAGAACGAAAGUACAUGGCUAGAGUCCCAUAUGAAAAUGCAGUUGGCAGUUUGAUGUAUGCAAUGGUGUGUACAAGGCCCGACAUUUCACAAGCAGUUGGUGUUGUUAGCAGGUAUAUGCAUUACCCUGUAGGAUAUUGUGAUUCUGACUACGCGGGCGAUUUGGAUAAGCGAGGAUCAACGACUGGAUACUUGUUCACUUUUGCAAAAGCUCCAGUCCGUUGGAAGUCUACCUUACAGUCAACAGUUGCUUUGUCUACAGCAGAGGCCGAGUAUAUGGCGGUUACUAAAGCUGUGAAGGAGGCUAUUUGGCUUCAAAGGGGGGUGGGGACAAACCGGCUGAGGACCAAACCAAAUCGGCCCCAGACUAAAUCGUUGAAAAACAAUGGGUUCAACAAGGACAACCAAAUGAACGGAUACGUGCCCCGGAAUCUCGAGUCAAGAUGUCGAGUAGAAACGACGCCAACCUCCAUGAAUGACCCCACAAAGGAGAACACCGAGCGACCACAAAUGUCGGCCUACAGGCGACCCUGA